AUGGGAAAACGAGCGGAUCUGAGCGAUUGGUUCGUGAAGCAGGAGAACGAGUACGAGGUGCCCCAAACUCUGUUCGAGUUCGUUGCCAGCAGCUACGAAUUAGCGGAAGCGGAGGAGCGGAAGAAGGCGGCGAAGAGCGUGAUCUGCGAGGAAUGCGGGAAAAGUUUCUCGCGUCUCGACAGCCUUCGAAGACACGAGAAGAAUUAUUGCAGGGUGAAGGGGGACAGGAUGUAUUGCCGCUUCUGUGAGAAGUCGGAGAGCUACUCGGAGAAAGAUCAAGAGGACGACGUGGAGGUAUGCGAGAUCUCGUUCCACGGCCAAUUGCCCAUGAAUUAUUUGCUGUGCGACUCGUCCAUCCUGAACACCGUGGAGACGAGCAUCCUUCGGAAGAACGUGAAAUCCCAUCAACAAUUUCGUUGCGACGGUUGCGACAGGGCGUACACGAGGAUGGACAGCCUGAAACGGCACCAGGCCAAGUGCGACGCCUCGUUGGAGAAGCUUCAAGAGGAGGUCGAGUGGCUGCACAGGCAAAAAUUCUAUUGCAAUCAGUGUGGCAAGGGUUACAAGAGGCUUGACACGUUGAGGAGGCAUCAGAGAUUAGUUUGCGGCGACAAGGAGGGCGCCACUGCAGCCACCGACAAAUCGACCACCUAA